GCUGAGAGUCAUCAAUUAUGCAGGGCAGCGGCACGCACUGGGAAGGAAGAUAGCAGCACCAAUAUGGCGACAGCCGCAGUUACUCCCGACUCUUUUCCACAUCUGCAGUUCAGUGCCAGCUGUCAGGAUAUCUGUUAAUGCGAGAAAAAAGCUGGUUGUCGGGGAUGGAAAACAAAUAAAAGGGAAAUAGCUGCAGGAUGAAAACAUGGCCGCACCCCUUCUUGCACCCCCAGGACCUGACAGCUUCAAGAAGUUCACCCCGGAGUCUCUGGCUAACAUCGAGAAGCGCAUUCAGGAAGAGAAAAACAAGAAGCCUCCCAAGCCCAGAUCGGACAGUAGUCACCGCGACACAUCUGACGACAAUGAGCUGAAGCCCAACAGCGACCUGGAGGCAGGCAAGAGCCUCCCCUUCAUCUAUGGCGACAUUCCUAAGGGAAUGGUGGCAACGCCCCUGGAAGACUUGGAUCCAUACUAUUUGAACCAGAAAACAUUUAUAGUCCUAAACAAGGGGAAAACAAUCUUCCGCUUCAGUGCCACACCCUCCUUGUACAUCAUAAGCCCUUUUAAUCCAUUUAGGCGAAUAGCUAUAAAGAUUUUGAUACAUUCAUUAUUCAGCAUGAUCAUCAUGUGUACCAUUUUGACCAACUGUAUAUUCAUGACAUUUAGUGACCCACCAGAAUGGUCCAAACAAGUAGAGUAUACCUUCACGGGUAUCUACACAUUCGAGUCGCUCACAAAAAUCGUUGCCCGAGGUUUUGCCAUCGACGGCUUCACGUUUCUCAGAGAUCCAUGGAACUGGCUGGACUUCAUGGUCAUUUCAAUGGCGUAUAUAACAGAGUUUGUAAACCUAGGCAAUGUGUCAGCUCUGCGUACGUUCAGGGUUCUGAGGGCUUUGAAAACUAUUUCAGUUAUUCCAGGCCUGAAGACCAUCGUGGGCGCUCUGAUCCAGUCUGUGAAGAAGCUGUCGGAUGUGAUGAUCCUGACUGUCUUCUGUCUCAGCGUCUUUGCACUGAUCGGCUUGCAGCUGUUCAUGGGGAACCUCCGUAACAAAUGCGUCUUCUGGCCAAUCAACAUGACCGAGCAAUACCUGGAGAACGGCAGCCGAGGUUUCGACUGGAACAAAUACAUCUAUAACGAUUCAAAUUUCUACUUCCUGCCCGGUGCUCUGGAUGCUCUGCUGUGUGGAAACAGUUCAGACUCAGGACGAUGUCCAGAGGGUUUCACGUGCAUGAAAGCUGGAAGAAACCCAAACUAUGGUUACACCAGUUUUGACAGCUUUGGGUGGGCUUUUCUCACCCUCUUUCGUCUCAUGACUCAGGACUUCUGGGAAAAUCUCUACAUGCUGACUCUGCGAGCUGCAGGGAAGACCUACAUGGUAUUCUUCGUGCUGGUCAUCUUUGUGGGCUCCUUCUACCUGGUCAAUCUGAUCUUGGCUGUGGUGGCCAUGGCUUAUGAGGAGCAGAAUCAGGCCACAAUGGAGGAGGCUGAGCAAAAAGAGGCUGAAUUCAAAGCUAUGCUGGAACAGCUCAAAAAGCAACAGGAGGAGACGCAGGCUGCAGCGAUGGCCACAUCGGCAGGGACCGUGUCAGAGGCUGCGUUAGAGGAUGUAGAAGGGGGUCACUUGUCCCGCAGCUCCUCAGAGGUCUCCAAGCUGAGCUCAAAAAGCGCCAAAGAGCGACGCAAUCGCAAGAAGAAGUGGCGUCAGAAAGAGCAGGAGAAGGAGAAAGGAGACAGCGAGAAGGUAGUUAAGUCUGAGUCAGACGACGGCAGCAAGAAGAGCACCAUCCGCUUCCCAGGAACUCGACUGGGCAGGAAGACGUCCAUCAUGAACCAGUCUCUGCUCAGCAUCCCAGGCUCGCCCUUCAUGUCACGCCACAACAGCCGCAGCAGCAUCUUCAGCUUCAAGGGCCGCUCCAAGGACAUGGGCUCCGAGAACGAGUUCGCGGACGACGAGCACAGCACUGUGGAGGAGAGCGAAGACCGCCGAGGCUCACUGUUCAUACCUUACCGUCGCAAUAGCUACAGUGGCUACAGCCAGGGCUCGUCCCGCAUCCACCCACUGGCGCCACACUCUGGAGGGAAGAGGAACAGCACGGUGGACUGCAACGGCGUGGUGUCUCUCAUCGGCCCCGGGCCUGGCAGACGGCUUCUGCCUGAGGUGAAAAUAGAUAAGGCAGCCACUGAUGACAGUACUACAGAUGUGGAGAUUAAGAAGAAACACUCUGGCUCUCUCAUGAUUUCUGUGGAUCAGCUCAACUCCUCCUUCAAAGGAAAGGACCGUGCCAACAGUCAGAUGAGCGUGGUCACCAACACACUCAUAGAAGAGUUAGAAGAGUCUCAAAGAAAGUGUCCUCCUUGUUGGUACAAGUUUGCAAACAUCUUCCUCAUCUGGGAAUGCUGCCCCAUCUGGCUAAAACUGAAGCACAUCGUCUAUUUGAUUGUCAUGGACCCAUUUGUGGAUCUGGCCAUCACAAUCUGCAUUGUGCUCAACACUCUCUUCAUGGCCAUGGAGCAUUACCCGAUGACGCCACAUUUUGAGGAGGUCCUGGCCGUCGGCAACCUGGUUUUCACCGGCAUCUUUGCUGGCGAGAUGUUUGCCAAGCUCAUCGCCAUGGACCCCUACUACUACUUCCAGGAAGGCUGGAACUGUUUUGAUGGCUUCAUUGUGACCCUGAGUUUAGUUGAACUGGGGCUGGCGGACGUGGAGGGACUCUCAGUUCUCAGGUCUUUCCGAUUGUUAAGAGUGUUCAAACUGGCCAAGUCGUGGCCCACACUAAACAUGCUGAUUAAGAUCAUUGGAAACUCGGUGGGAGCUCUGGGUAAUUUGACCUUGGUGUUGGCCAUCAUCGUCUUCAUCUUUGCCGUGGUGGGAAUGCAGCUGUUUGGAAAAAGCUACAAGGACUGUGUGUGUAAGAUCGCGUUGGACUGCGAACUCCCACGCUGGCACAUGAACGACUUCUUUCACUCCUUCCUGAUCGUGUUCAGAGUGCUGUGUGGAGAGUGGAUUGAAACAAUGUGGGACUGCAUGGAGGUGGCAGGACAAGCCAUGUGCAUUAUCGUCUUCAUGAUGGUGAUGGUUAUUGGAAAUCUGGUGGUGCUGAACCUGUUUCUGGCUCUGCUGCUGAGCUCAUUCAGUGCAGACAACCUCGCUGCCACUGAUGACGAUGGAGAACCCAACAACCUUCAACUUGCUGUUGCCCGCAUCAAGAAAGGAAUCGCCUGGUUUAAAGUCAACAUGCGAAUCUUGGUAGCCACAGUUCUCAAAAAGCCUAUAGAGGACGAGCAGAAGCCUUUGGAUUAUGAAGAAAAGCUCAACUGCAUAGCAAACCACCCUGCUGAAAUCAACCGUGAACUGGACUACCCCAAAAAUGGCAACGGCACCACCAGUGGCAUCGGGAGCAGUGUAGGAAAGUACAUGAUUGAUGACGACUACAUGUCUUUUAUCCACAACCCCAACCUCACUGUGUGCGUUCCCAUCGCUGUUGGAGAGUCAGACUUUGAAAACCUCAACACGGAGGACUUCAGCAGCGAAUCAGAUGUGGAAAACAGCAAAGAUUUGGAUGACACCAGUUCAUCUGAGGGCAGCACAAUAGACAUCAAGCCUGAUGUAGAGGAGGUGGCGGUGGUUGAAGUCGUGGAAGAGUAUCUUGAUCCUGAUGCCUGCUGGACUGAUGAGUGUGUGGCCAAAUACAAAUGCUGUGAUGUUCCCAUCACUCAUGGAUGGGGAAAGCACUGGUGGUUCCUGAGGAAGACCUGCUACCUGAUAGUGGAGCACAACUGGUUUGAGACCCUCAUCAUCUUCAUGAUCCUCCUCAGCAGUGGAGCUCUGGCCUUUGAGGAUGUGUACAUUGAACAGAGGAAGACAGUGCGCAUCAUUCUAGAUUACGCUGAUCGAGUUUUCACCUACAUCUUCAUCCUGGAGAUGUUGCUGAAAUGGGUGGCCUAUGGCUUUGUCAAGUACUUCACUAAUGCCUGGUGCUGGCUGGACUUCUUCAUUGUGGAUGUGUCUAUAGUCAGCCUUAUAGCUAAUGCUUUGGGCUUCUCCGAUCUAGGCCCGAUUAAAUCACUCAGGACACUGAGGGCCUUGAGACCCCUCAGGGCCCUGUCACGUUUUGAAGGGAUGAGGGUUGUGGUGAACGCCUUGGUGGGUGCCAUACCCUCCAUCAUGAAUGUGCUGCUUGUGUGCCUCAUCUUCUGGCUCAUCUUCAGCAUCAUGGGUGUCAACCUGUUUGCCGGGAAAUACUAUUACUGCUUCAACGAGACGGCCGAAGAGUACUUUCUGCCGGAUGACGUCAACAAUAAAACUGAGUGCUUUGAGCUGAUUAACAGCAAUCACACUGAGGUCAGGUGGAAAAACGUGAAGAUCAAUUUUGACAAUGUGGGUGCGGGAUAUCUUGCACUUUUGCAAGUGGCAACCUUUAAAGGUUGGAUGGACAUUAUGUAUGCAGCAAUAGAUUCCAGAAAGGUGGAAGACCAGCCUAUCUAUGAGGACAACCUCUACAUGUACAUCUACUUUGUCAUAUUUAUCAUCUUUGGCUCCUUCUUCACCCUGAAUCUCUUCAUUGGUGUCAUCAUUGAUAAUUUCAAUCAACAGAAGAAAAAGUUUGGAGGUCAGGAUAUCUUCAUGACAGAAGAGCAAAAGAAAUACUACAAUGCAAUGAAAAAACUUGGGUCAAAGAAACCACAAAAACCAAUACCAAGGCCUCAGAACCCGAUCCAAGGAAUGGUGUUUGACUUUGUGACACAGCAGGUGUUUGACAUUUCCAUCAUGAUCCUCAUCUGCCUCAACAUGGUCACCAUGAUGGUGGAGACCGAUGAUCAGUCAGAAGAAACAGAGGUUGUGCUUUACUGGGUCAACUUUGUAUUCAUCGUGGUUUUCACUGGCGAGUUCCUUCUCAAGCUGUUUGCGCUGCGCCACUAUUACUUCACCAAUGGAUGGAACAUCUUCGACGUAGUGGUGGUCAUCCUCUCUAUUGUGGGUAUGUUUCUGGCUGACCUGAUCGAGAAGUACUUUGUGUCGCCGACACUCUUCAGGGUGAUCCGUCUGGCUCGUAUCGGCAGGAUCCUGCGUCUCAUCAAGGGCGCCAAAGGAAUCAGAACUCUGCUGUUUGCCCUCAUGAUGUCGCUCCCCGCCUUGUUCAACAUCGGCCUCCUGCUCUUCCUGGUCAUGUUCAUCUUCUCCAUCUUUGGCAUGUCCAACUUUGGCUACGUGAAACACGGGGCCGGCAUCGACGACAUGUACAACUUUGAGACGUUUGGAAACAGCAUGAUCAUCCUGUUCAUGAUCACCACAUCGGCAGGUUGGGAUGGCCUCCUGCUGCCCAUCCUCAACUACCCGCCGGAUUGCGACCCGCUUUUAGAGAACGCCGGCACACCUGCAACCGGAGACUGUGGCAACCCAUCCGUGGGCAUCUUCUUCUUUGUCAUGUACAUCAUCAUUUCUUUCCUAAUCGUGGUCAACAUGUACAUUGCCAUCAUCCUGGAAAACUUUAGUGUGGCCACGGAGGAAAGCGCAGACCCACUCAGUGAGGACGACUUUGAGACCUUUUAUGAAAUUUGGGAGAAAUUUGACCCUGAUGCCUCCCAGUUCAUUACCUAUGCCAAGCUUUCUGACUUUGCCGAUGCGCUUGAACAUCCGCUGCGUGUCCCCAAGCCCAACACCAUUGAGCUGAUUGCUAUGGACAUGCCUAUGGUGAGUGGAGACCGCAUCCACUGCCUGGACAUCCUUUUUGCCUUUACCAAGCGAGUGCUGGGUGACAGCGGGGAGCUGGACAUGCUCAGGCAGCAAAUGGAGGAGCGCUUUGUGGCUGCCAAUCCCUCCAAAGUCUCCUAUGAGCCGAUUACCACCACUCUGAGGCGAAAGCAGGAGGACGUGUCUGCAAGGAUCAUCCAGCGGGCCUACCGCUCCCACCUGGCCUGGCGGGGAUUUGUGUGCAAGCGCAAACCGGCCAACAACAAAGCUGAGAAUCAGGAGCAAGAAAAGAAGGAGGGCACUCCAUCCACUGCCUCCCUGCCUUCUUAUGACAGUGUGACCAAACCUGAAAAGGAGAAGCAGGAUGACAACAACGAGGGCAGAGGAGAGAGGAAAGAGAAGGGCAGAAACCAAAAAGACAUCAGGGAGUCUCAGUGUUAGGCUGGGGGAGGGUGAUGAAUAACCACAUUAAUAACAGUACAGAUUUAACUAAUGUAACUUCAAGCAGAGUGAGAGACAACUCACCCACACAGAUGUACAGAUUAUUUCAUUUGCAAGUCAGAAAAAAAUAGUCCUCAAUAAUUUUGUUUACAGACUUCAUUCCUAUACGGAUGCAGCGCGGGGCAAGAAACGACUGAACUUUAGUCAAACCAAACAUAAUCAGCAUUCUGUGUGGCACUGUUAUAUCAACACAACCGAUCCUAACAAAAACGGGAAGGAAGACAGAAGAGGGAAAAAUCCUACGUUUUUUCCACCGAGUAACUCUACACCAAGAGGUGGGAGGCAAAAACGGGAAUCCAGCGCCGUGUGGCUGCAGAUGACAAGGAAGCUGCUCAGCAGUCAAAGUGGUCCUGUGUCAGUGUGUAGAGACACAAAUGACAGACUCACUCUAUGAGCAAACAGAGGGAUGACUGGUGAGUGAGAGAAAGACACAAACUGAGAGUCUAAAGUAUUUUCUCGUUUUAUUAAAACUAGAAUUUUUUUUCGUCUUUUUGAGCAGCAAAAAAUGCAAACCGAGAAACAAACCAACAAGAAAAAAAAAAAACAAAUAGAAGAAAGAACAAUAUUCAAACAGUUUGCCCAUGUCGGUCAACUACUCACAUUGUCUUUGUUACACCCACAUACAAAAUGCUUUAUUUUACAUGGGCUUUUUGCACCAAAUUGGUUAAAGGGUCUGUUUAUCAACAGGGGUUCAACCCGGGGCCAAGGGCUUCCAUUUACUCAGAAAGGUUUCCAGACAAAUACAUAAAUAAUUGUGCUUGUUCAAUGCAUAGAAAUGACUUGCAUGAAGGCAUGUUUUGAUCAGAAAUCUUGCAUGAAUUAUCAUAGUCCACAAAACACUAAUACGCAGACUUCACCGGUGGCUUGAUGAUCUGUUCGAUCGAGGCGUUUCUUUUGGUCAAAAUUUUAAGAGUUGGGAGGUAAUUUCUUCAACAAAAACAAGCGGUAUGUGGGUUGAUCGGCUAAAACUGAUUUCAUCAUUUGACACAUUUCAGAUGUUUAAUUUAUAAACAAUAGAAUAAAACACCACCUCAAUGUGUGAAAUGCAAGCACUUUCUUUGCUGCUCGGAAGAUUUUGGGUGUGUAUGAUGAAGAAAAAGACGUCUGAGUGGAUCAAUGGACUGAAAUGUUCGUCAGGACUGGAAUGUUUUAAGGAAGCUUGAAAAGCAUAUGUUUAUAAUUUGUAUGCUCCUGUCUAAUGUUUCGCAUCAUCUGCCUUUUACUUUAAUGUGAGCGGGAGUCUGACUGUCCGCGGUUUGGGAUCUGGGCUUUGGCAAACCGUUUUCCGAUUCCUGUUUUUUCUCUAACCUUUAUAAAAGGGCUCGGUAGAGUUUGGAGCUUUGUUUUAAAUUGUUUUAUUCGCUUAAUGUAAAUGUUUGUUUUCUUCCCUUGUGUAAUGCUGAUGUUUCAGAGGGUGAUCAGGCUUAUAUCGCAGUUUUAUAAACCGCAUCAAGUCCAGAGGAAAGCUGUUUUGUGCUGAAAGGUAUGAUUGGGGUGAUCAAAGUGAGAGAUGUAAACUCAUAAAUGGUGAUGGGAACAUUGUGUGUGGAGAAGCCAAAGAGAUCUGCCUUGUAAUCCCUUAUUGUCCUUUACUGACGGAGUGGGACUGCCCAUUCUGUUUUUCUUCUGCUGUCGUUAUCAGACAGAGAGACCCUAGAAAUGUAUGCAAUGCUUGAAAAAUUCUUCCCUUUUUCUCAGGAGAUAUUAUAGAUGUAUUAUUAAGAGCUCUGCAACAAAAUGCAAUUGAAUGUGGCGGAAGUAUCACUAUAUGUAAAAUCAUGUUUAAUCGUUUUUGUUUUGUGCCACUAUUGGGGACAAUGACUCUUGGCCGUCUCAGUCCGACAGCCGCCUCGGUCGGGGGGUCGUUUUAGCGCUUCCUGCUUCAGAUGUUUUGCCAACAAAAGGCUAGAGGCACCGCAGUGACCAGGUGACAUAACCCGCUUAUAACCGGUGGCGUAUUUAUGUUUGGGGCCAUUUUAGAUUGAAAUUGAAUACAAAAAAAAUCUAAUAAUUGUUCGCCCCUGAUUGUAAAACAAAGGUCACAAGAGGAGAUGUCACAAGAGUGAGUUUGGAUUUGUUGGGUUUUUAGCAGCACAGAGGUAGAAGUGGAAAAGCCCCAAAUGUAAGCAGGAGUUUUGAGCUUCUCAUUUUCCAUUUUCCUUCAUGUCGCUUGCCUGUAAAAAGAAAACCAUACCAAAUAACCGACAGAGCACCGGAUGCAUUUCUUCUUAUGGUACUGUGAACCUGAGCACCACAACCCGGAGCAUUUGCACUUCCUGUUGUGCAGCGAUGUCACUUCCCUGUUUGUGAAUAAGCCUCCCCCCCAUCAGUUAUUUCCCAUGCUCCAGCUGCUGCAUGAUAUCUCCAGAAUCAGUGUGGGUGUCAACAUGAACCAAAUAAAAAUCUGAAUGACAAGCAUAAAGCUAUCAUCGUGCAUUUUCUCCAACAUCUCCAAGAUUUUUCUGAUGGGGAAAAAAAUAAUUAUUAAAAAUCAAUUUUGCCAUAAAUAAAUACAUAAAUUCAUAAAUAAAUGCUCUAUAGGGCACAAACUGCAAAAGCUAAUUUUUUUUAAAAUUAACUAUAAAUAAUGUAAUAUAUCAUUUUAAGCGCAUGUGUAGUUUAUUUAUUUACUUUUUUUUUUUUUUGCUUUUAUUUAAUUAUUUUUGUAAAUACAGGAUUACCAUAAAGAAAAUACUGCAGCUAUUAGUUUUAACUUUAAAUACAAAUAACCAUAAAUAGAACGGCUUCCAGCUGAUGCACCUUUGUCACUCUAGGCUUUGAUGCAUUGUUAAAAGGUGUAGAUUUUUUUUGUGUGUCACUUUUUAUAAUAAAGAAGGAAAUAAGUGAAAAGAAUCUAUAUUAAAAAGCAGAAAAUAGUGUGUAAAGCUUUAUAAAUCAAAACGCACAUAUUCAGAGCUGUGUUACAUAUAUAUUAUACAUAUAUUCUUUUAUACCUAUAUGUAUAUAUAUAUAUAUAUAUAUAUAUAUAUAUAUAUAUAUAUAUAUAUAUAUAUAUAUACAUAUUAGAACAAUGUCUGUAACUCAACUCUCCUGUCUACUCUCAUUGAGGUGACACCAGAUCCACUCAGUGUAAGUGAUCCCGCUUCUUUCUUUGUGCGGUACGCUCAGAGAAUUUCCUAAAGUCUGGCCUGCCCAGGACUUUCCCCAGUAUCGAGUAUCGGCCUACAAUGCAUGAUGUUGUACUGGCUGCUUGCUGAGAAUUGUGGAGCCUGCUUUGGUGAAAGGAUUGCACUACCAGCAUACCAAGCCCCAUUAACCCAACACACACACAGCGUCCCUCUCUCUUUUUUGUACGUGUGUGAAGAUGUCUUGCCCCUGUAGUUUCCCCACUUUGUGUACACAGAUGCAAAAUGGCACACACACCACAGACAUGCACACUCAUUUCGGCCUUUUUGUAGGCAACUGCUGUUUAACCACAUCACUUCAAUUGCUUGCUGCAGCCCCUAUCCCUUCAUGUGCCCCUACCCUUAACCUUAACACAUUUGCUGCAGCUUAGAGUUGAUCCUUGAUUUUUGCGGACACUUUUAAUAAGGUAUAUCUAACAAUUUAAGGAUUAGUUGUCUUAACUGUCUGUAUGUUUGUUUAUGGUGCAAUAUCUCUUAACGGCACGUGCCUUUUUAGCUUUCUAUUGAUAAAUCCUGCAACGAAGAUCACCCUCAGAGCGAAUCAAAAACGGAGCAUGACGACAUGCUGAGUUGGAAGUGAACUGAAAACUCACCACCUAUAGUGUAGACUGUCUGGACUAACAUCGUGUAGAGUCUUGUAGGAAGUGCUCUCUCUCUCUCUGUGUGUUUUGUUGUGUUGCUGGCUCGUUAGCCAGGGUGACAACAGCUUGCCUUCUGUUUUACACUUGUUUUCUUUUCUUCUUUUUUUUUUCAAAGGUUGGUUUAUCAAUCAGUAUAUGAGGCCAUUGUUUUGUAGCAUGACUGAGACGAAUUUCUUCUCUUUGAAAAUAGCUUAACUAAAAAGAAAAAAAGAACAACUUUUGACUGUCAUUUCUUUAAACUGUUACAGUCAAGAAAGAGGGUAUAUGUUGCACACCACAUGGGACAGUUAAGUGAGAAAUCGGUGAAAGAAUGUCUUCAUUUGAGCACGAACCUAUUUCCAAACAAUAAAGCAGCCUUCCAGUUAUCUGUGUGGCCUGUGUCGUUUUUGAGUAUAAAAAUCUUCCUAUUUGGGAUUUUAUAUGAUAAGGAAGCAGUAGUAACAAAAAUAUGUGGCGAACAUUUGUACUGAGUCCACUUAACUCUGCUGGCUUUUAAUCUAAUCUAAUCCAAUUAAUUUUCUUAAAAAUGUUUCUAAUUAAUCUCAAAAU